AUGGCUCCUCCGUACGGUCUCACUGAGGAAGAGUACAACGAUUACAAGGCAGUCUUCUCCGUAUUCGACCGCGAUGGCACAGGCGCCAUCAACGCCGAGGAGUUCCAGAUCGCCAUGAAAUCGCUCGGCCUGAACCCCAGCAUCAAGGAGGUCAACGAGCUCAUCGCCGAGGUCGACCCCAACAACGAUGGUGGCAUUGAUUUCAACGAAUUCCUCCAGCUGAUGAGCGAGGCCCCCGCGCCGUCGAGUAAGGACUCGGACACCAACAAGGAGCUCGUUGCCGCCUUCAAGGUCUUCGACAAGGACAACAGCGGCUCCGUCUCGCCCUCGGAGCUGCGCCAGGUGCUAUUGUCCCUCGGCCAGCGCGCCACCGACGAGGAGAUUGAGGAGAUGAUCAGACACGCCGACCUGGACGGCAAUGGUUCCAUUGACUACCAGGAAUUCGUUCAGCUCAUGGCCCCGAAAGACGGCAAGAAGUGA